AUGCAAAUGUUUAUAUUUAACGGAGAUGUGGUUGUUGCAAAAGCGAAUAGGCGGGCGUUGUUUUAUGUCCGGUCACAUGCCCGUUGGCACAGAUUUCGAAUGAAAUUCGAGCGCAACUCGUCGACCAUCUUUGGGCGAAUCGGCGCGUCGACCUACUUCAACCAGCCUCUCGCAGGCUGUUGCGCCUCGCAGCGUAGCGUAUAA